UGAGACCAUUGAACUCAUCAACCCCAUGAUGGAUCUGCAGCCUCUGGCACUGGCCCUGCCUAAAACAGACAGACAGGACUCUACAGAGCUCUCGGUGCAGCAGCGUGUGUUCAACAUAGCCAAUGAGCUCCUCCACACAGAGAAGGCCUACGUGUCUCGUCUGUACCUCCUGGACCAGGUGUUCUGCUCCUCCCUCCUGGAGGAGGUCCGCUCCCGCGCCUCCUUCCCUCUAGACGUGGUCACGGGCAUCUUCUCCAACAUCUGCUCUAUCUACUGUUUCCACCAGCAGUUCCUGCUCCCCGCCCUGGAGAAACGCAUGGCGGAGUGGGAUUUGAACCCACGCAUCGGGGACAUCCUGCAGAAGCUAGCCCCCUUCCUGAAGAUGUACGGAGAGUACGUGAAGAACUUUGACCGGGCCAUGGAGCUGGUCAACACCUGGAUGGAGAGGUCGUCCCAGUUCAAAGCCAUCGUCCACCACAUUCAGAGAGAGGAGCGCUGUGGUAACCUGACCCUACAGCACCACAUGUUGGAGCCGGUUCAGAGGAUCCCUCGCUACGAGCUGCUGCUGAAAGACUACCUGCACCGUCUCCCUGGCGACCAUGACGACUUUAAGGACGCACAGAAAUCUCUGGAGUUGAUCGCCACAGCUGCAGAGCACUCCAACACAGCCAUCAGAAAGAUGCAUUAG